AUGUCAGCCACGCGAGUCCGUCGACCACCCAUCAGCCGCAAGCUCGCUCUCGUCAUCCUCACCGCCCUUGCCCUCCUCGCCCUCCUCGCCCUCUCCCUCGGCCUCGGUCUGGGAUUCGGCCUCAAGCCCGACCCUCCUCGCCACAUCCCCCCGGACGAGCGCUACGGCGGCUCGCUUCCAAACACCUCUCUCGCGCUCUUGGGACACCCAUAUUUCGAGUCGCUGCUGUAUGGCUAUGUGCAGCAUGAGAGUGGAGAUGUGCUGGAGUUGGUGUACUCGGGUGGUGAGUGGUAUGGUGGGAAUAGCAACGUGACGGUGCUGCCGAGAGAUGGGCUCAAUUAUAAGACUGCGGAGGGGGAGCCGAGAUAUGUGCCGGGGCCGCGGAUGGGAACGGGGUUGGUGGGGGUGUGGUAUGGUGAUGAUUUGCGCUCCCUCUUCUACAUAUCCAGCUCCUCCCAUCUCCAAGAAAUCUACACCGACGCCCCCUACAACUUUCAAGAAGCCUGGCGCUGGUACCCCCGCAACACCGGCGGCGUCUCCCUCUACGAUCUCCAGCUCCUCGCCUCCCCUACCACCGCUCUCGCCGCCUGCUCCUACGCUAUUGACAACAGCACCAGUGAGGUGCGCCUGUUCUAUGGCGGUGAUGAUGGGCGCGUGCUCCAGGCUGGGCUGAGGAACGGGGGAUGGGAGUAUUUAGGGCCGAUUCAUGGCGGGCAAGCGAUUAGGAUGGGAGAGGUGGAGGUGGAGCCAACCGCGAAAGGAGGGUUGGCGUGUACGAGUGGGAAUGAUUUCGCUGGACUUAUUCUUUAUCAUUACGGUGUUGCUGGAAAGGCGGAUGAGGCGGAGGGAGGGACGUACUUCAUGCAGUCGGUUUACAGUGCCGAGACUGGGGAGUGGAAGACAGCUCUCGCCUCCGAAAUGCCAGCCCCAGCAUCUGACACGAACCUCUCCCUCCCGCUCGCCGCCAUCUCCGGCACCCUCGCCUCAGCCGCAAACACCACAGCCGACACCAUUGUCUACGCGCUCCCCGCUCAAGCGAACGACACCGCGACCGCCGAUCCCUCCGCCGCCGCAGUCGUCGAACCAUCCUUCUACUUCCGCGACCUCACCCGCGGCGUUGGCGACGUCGGUGCUAGCAACAGCAACAGCAACAGCCGCCGUGCUAUUUCCCCAGCCGCGGCCAUCCUCAUCGCCGCACUACAGGAGAUCAGGAAUAGCUCCGCGCCGACCAACACGGCCUCGGUGUCCUCGGCAUCCGCUGCGUCUGCGCUGUCUCCUGGCCUCCUGACCCGCGGCUCACCGCUCCACCAAGCCUUCCUACCAGGAACGGGGCUGGCGGCCGCGUGGGUGUCCGACGAGGGCGGUGGGGGCAGGGAAUUACUCGUGCUGUUCCGCAACGGGAGUGCGAUUCUCAGCCAGACUGUUGGUGGUGGUGGCGGGGGGAGGGUGGAGAGGGUGCCUGUUAUGAGGGCCGGGGUUGAGGAGAGGGGGUUGGGUGAUUUUCCAUAG